AUGCAAGAGUUGUUGAUUGUAGAUGAUUUUUUAUUACCUUACCUACAAAAUUAUUUCAAAAUUAAGGACAUACCGUUCUUCAUGAUCGGCGUGGUGUUUGCUUGGACUUACGUGAUAACUGCUUUUCUAAGCGUCAUGGCACAAUCUGUCGGGAUAAGGAAUGGUUAUCACAAUAGAGAUCCAAGACCUUAUAGACCGAUGCUUAGAGGUGCAUUAGCUAGAACGGUGGCUGCACAUCAAGUUGCUUUGGAAAAUGCACCAGCAUUUUUCGCUGCAGUUAUUAUUGCGUCAGCAAAUAAGGUGCCUUUAAGAUACAGAACUAGUUUUUCGAUCAUGUAUGGGGUCUUGCGGAUUAUCCAUACACCGCUCUAUGUGUUAGAUUUUGACAUUGCCCGUGCUAUUGUUCAUAUAAUGGCUUUGUCAUGUACUACAUGGCUAUUUGCAUUCGCUCUUUUGCCUGGCUUUGAACAAAAUUAUUCAUCUUUAAUUGAUGUUGUGAGCAUCUUACGAAGCGUAUCCGAUGAUUCUACAUGGACAUUUGACUAA